UCACAUUGCAUUCCACAGAAUCAUACAUUAUCAUCUAUUUCGUAUAUUAAUCUUGAAUUAUUUCUCAUUGAGUGGUGCAGUUGCAACAGUUUUCUCGAGAAAAUAAUGGAGGGACGGAGUUUGUGCUCACCGAUGUUUCUUUUGCUUGCUUUGGCCACUCUGAACGUUGUGCAUGGCCAAGGGACGCGUGUAGGGUUCUAUGCUAGAACAUGUCCUCGGGCUGAGUCCAUUGUUAGGUCCACAGUUCAAUCCCACGUGAGGUCCGAUCGUAGUUUAGCGGCUGGGCUGCUUCGGAUGCACUUUCACGAUUGCUUUGUACAAGGUUGUGACGGUUCUGUUCUCAUUGCCGGUGCUGGCACCGAGAGAACAGCAUUCGCAAACCUUGGUUUAAGAGGGUACGAGGUUAUUGACGAUGCGAAAACGCAGCUCGAGGCUGCAUGCCCCGGUGUUGUGUCUUGUGCUGAUAUCCUUGCUCUUGCUGCUCGUGAUUCCGUUUUUCUGAGUGGUGGACUGAGUUGGCAAGUGCCUACUGGACGCAGAGAUGGGCGAAUAUCACAGGCUUCUGAUGUGAGUAACUUGCCUGCUCCUUUUGACUCUGUUGAUGUUCAGAAACAAAAGUUCACAGCAAAGGGACUCAACACUCAAGACCUCGUCACCCUUGUUGGUGGACAUACGAUUGGUACCACGGCUUGUCAGUUCUUCAGUAACAGAUUGUACAACUUCAGUGCAAAUGGUGCCGACUCUUCAAUCAACCCUUUAUUUCUUCCUCAGCUAAGAUCAUUGUGCCCGCAAAACGGCGGUGAUUCAAACCGAGUAGCUCUUGAUACCGGUAGUGAAAUCAGAUUUGACACAUCAUUCUUUGCCAAUUUGAGAAAUGGGCGUGGAAUUCUGCAGUCUGAUCAAGCGCUUUGGAACGAUCCUUCCACCAAGUCUUUUGUACAGGGUUACUUGGCCUCCAAAGCCUCGUUUUUCAAUGUGGAAUUUGCAAAAUCUAUGGUGAAGAUGAGCAACAUCGAGUUGAAGACUGGGACCGAUGGUGAAAUUCGCAAGAUAUGUUCUGCCUUUAACUAGCUAACUGCCAUGGUUUAGAAAAGUUGUUUUAUUUGUUCUUGACCAAGUGUAUGAUUCACUUUUGAGGUCUGAUUUUCCGAGGACUGAAUGUUUCCAAAUUGUAAAAGUUACAGAACUAAGGUUGUAGGGUUUUUUUUCCUAUUGGAUAAGAUCACAAUCAAUAGUUAUAAUUUUGGAAAUGUUCA